AUGUUUGCAGACGGAACCAAGCUAAACCAACGCAUAUUUUUAAAGAAGCAAGAAAAAAUCUCUGCCAGGGAUGAUACAAUCUGGCUACAGAGAACAAAAGAUGUGAGUAAAAGAGAUCUACUAGUAUUAGACUCGCAGUGGGACGUGUUCCUCAAUCUGUGA